AUGGAUAAAUUACUCAGACCGAAAGAGUUGGACAUUGAUCCUAAUGCUCCACUGGCCUCAGAAAAAUGGACUCACUGGUAUGACACAUUUCAGAAUUUUCUUUCGUCCAUCAAGGAUAUUAACGAAGACUUUAAACUAAAGUUGUUGAAGAAUCACGUAUCUGCUACGGUUUACAUGCUCAUCAGUGAUGUAUCGUCCUAUUCGAUGGCCAUAGACACACUCAAGACUACUUAUAUUAAGGUAAAGAAUGACAUUUUUGCUAGACAUUUGGUUGCUACAUGUAAACAGCAGCCGGGCCAAACGGUAGAGUCCUUUAUGCUAAAGUUGCGAAGCCUGGCCCGGGACUGUGACUUUAAAGAAGUUACUGCAGAACAGCACAGAGACAUUUGCAUUAGAGACGCCUUCAUAACUGGUCUGGCAUCCAACACUAUUAGACAGCGGUUACUGGAAAAGACAUCUCUUACUCUACAAAGCGCUUUUGACGAAGCUAGAGUGUUAGAAACAGCCACAACGCAUGCUCAGGCUUACAAUUCAACGAACGAAAUCUCUUGUGGGGCAAUGAAAACGCCAACUAGCUCCCAUCUAGAAACAUACAUUUCUAAUGAAGACCAGGAAUUGAAUGCCAUUAAGUCGCUAUGCUACUUCUGUGGUAGGAGGAGACACUCUAGGACUGAAUGCCCUGCUCGAAAUGCAUUAUGUCAUCAGUGCGGUAAAAAGGGACACUUCCAAACUGUUUGUAAAUCAAGUAAAACAACAGCCAACAAAGCUGACAGCAAAAUAUCACUGACCAGUGUGAUAACUCCAUGUACCUUGUCAUCAGCGCAUUUCUCUGGGCUUACACAGUCUACGGCACAAACAUUAGGACAUACAUUUGCCGAUGUCCAGUACAAGGGAGAACACUACAAAAAGGUCAAACUUUCUAUACUUGCUGGAUUGUGCUCGGAUGUAAUACUUGGUGUAGACUUUAUAAGUCUUCAUAAGGAAUUGACCAUACCGUACGGAGGAAAACGCAAUCCUCUACACAUCUGUGGUCUUAAAGCAGCACGAGUCGAAACACCGAGCCUAUUCAGUAAUCUAACUUCUGACUGCAGACCGGUGGCUACUAAGUCCCGAAAGCACUCAAUAGGUGAUACCAAAUUUAUUGAGUCUGAAGUGAGAAAACUCCUCUCGGACAAAAUCAUUGAACCUUCAAAGUCUCCCUGGAGAGCACAGGUGCUUGUGACAACAAACGAGAGACAUAAAAGAAGGAUGGUCAUUGAUUACAGUCAAACAAUAAAUCGCUUCACCUUACUGGAUGCAUACCCAAUGCCCCGAGUCGAUGAACUGGUAGAACGAAUAUCCAACUAUUCCGUUUUUAGUACACUAGACCUAAAAAGUGCCUACCAUCAAAUACCAAUCAAGACUAAGGAAAGGCCGUUAACGGCAUUUGAGGCAUGUGGCAAACUCUACCAGUUCUGUCGCAUCCCAUUCGGUGUUACCAAUGGAGUUGCAUGCUUUCAGAGAACAAUAAAUCAAAUUAUUGAGAAUGAAAAGUUGCAGGACACCUUUGCCUACGUGGACAAUGUAACGGUAUGUGGUCAUGAUAAAGAGUCGCACGAUGAGAAUAUGCAAAGAUUUCUAGAUGCUUCUAGAAAGUAUGGGAUCACAUUUAAUGAAGACAAAAGUACGAUAGCCACUGACAAAGUUUGCCUAUUGGGAUACGAAAUUUCUAAAGGCCUACUCAAGCCAGACCCUGAAAGAUUCCAGGCUUUAAGAAACCUUCCUCCUCCUCAUGAUAUGCGCUCACAAAAACGGAUCGUGGGCAUGUUGGCGUACUACUCACAGUGGAUCCCAAAUUUUUCUAACAAAAUAAAUGUUUUGGCAAAUAACACGUCGUUCCCUCUUUCAGAAACAGUAAAGACAGCCCUUAACGAAUUAAAGCAGGAGCUGGAGAAAGCUGCCAUCUUCACCAUCGACUAUACUCGACCGCUGACGGUUGAAACAGACGCUUCAGAUGUUGCAAUAGCUGCCACCCUCAACCAGGAUGGCCGCCCCGUGGCGUUCUUUUCAAGAACACUCUCUAAAAGUGAAAAGCGGCACUCAGCAAUAGAAAAAGAAGCCUACGCCAUUGUAGAAUCUUUAAGGAAAUGGCACCACUACUUAGUAGGAAAUCGCUUUACCCUUGUCACGGAUCAACGCUCUGUGGCGUUCAUGUACGACAAACAGAGCAAAGGGAAAAUAAAGAAUGAGAAAAUUCAAAGGUGGAGACUGGAACUGAGCUGUUUCCACUACGAUGUCUUGUAUAGACCAGGCAAACACAAUGUAGCGGCUGAUACGUUUUCUAGAAACGGGUGUGUAUCAGCUAUGAGUCGAAAUGAAUUGAAACUGCUCCAUGACUCUCUGUGUCAUCCGGGAGUAACAAGACUAUGGCAUUUAGUGCGAGCGAAAAACGUACCUUUCUUUUGUGAAGAUGUCAGGCUGGUUGUCAACCAGUGCAGAAUCUGUGCCGAAGUAAAACCCAGAUAUUUCAGUAAUUCUAAUGGAACUUUAAUUAAGGCGAUGCAGCCUUUCCAGAGACUUAGUAUGGAUUUCAAAGGACCGCUCCCUUCUACAUCUAGGAACACAUACCUGCUAACUAUAGUUGACGAAUUUUCAAGAUUCCCGUUUGCAUACGCCUGUUCUGAUAUGUCGGCUUCUACAGUGUUAAACCAAGCCCUGCACUCUCUUCGCUCUCUGCUCUGUACCGCUACAAACGAGACACCGCACGAGAGAAUAUUCAAGUUCAAUCGCAGGUCCACCUUCGGCAAAUCACUCCCGACAUGGUUAGCUCAACCAGGAAAAGUGUUGCUAAAAAAAGGAGUCCGUGCAUCAAAAUAUGACGAUGGUACAAUAGCUGUGGACUUAAUCACAUGCAACCCACAGUAUGCCAUUGUAAGACUUCCUGAUGGAAGAGAAGAAACAGUGUCACUACGACAUUUGGCCCCCGCUUCAAGAGAGGGAGAAUCAGAGGUGUAUCAACAUAUGGAACAUGAAGACCUUGAGCCGGAGACAAACCCUAUAACACAGAUGCAGGUGCCUACUGACCAUGUGACUAUGGAACCAAUGGCUGCUCCUAACACACAUGUACAACAGGGGGAAAAUGGACAUCAAGAAGAAGUAAAUACAGGGGCUGAGUCUUCAGUUAGAGAGACGCCGGCGUCACCAACUGAAAGCGACGGCAGUAUUGGUCCUGGUGGGGUGAAUGUAGUGUAA